UGCCAGUCUUGAUUUGGCAUUUUUUAUCUUUUAUUUUAAUAAGGGACCCAACUCUCAUUCUGUUUACCAAUCACAGCCCGGUGCUAUGCCGAUUAUAAUUCCGUUCAUAAAACUAAGGUUAAGUUUUCUGGCCCAAGUUCAAAUGUAGGAAGGCUUGUGCACAGCACAUCAAACCCCCCUUAUAUUUGCAAACGUUUUCAGUGCGAAAGCAAGGUUUUAUAGUUUUACGUGAAGUAUAACUUGAUAUUUUCUCAAAAAUCCUAAACCAACUAGUCUUAUCAAUUUUUUAUUUAAGAAGAGACAUUAUUGAACCAAAUUUUCAGCCUACACCGGAAUAUUGGCAAUGCCGCGGUACAGUAUGCUGUUCACAAACUUGCCUUCAAAUACUAAUUUUGAUUUUAGUGGUUGUAAACAAACAAAAUAAUAGGGAAAAUAGUGUAAUAAAUCAUGUUUUAUAGAAAGAAAUAAUGGAUCUUUCAAAUAAAUUUAGGAAAUGUCUUUUAUUAGUAUUGUUCUAGUGUUGGCUAUUAAGUAUCACUAAAAUCUUUGGAGGCCUGACAAGCUCUGCAAGAUCUCAUCACAAGGUUUAACUGUGACUCAAAUGAGGACUAAAAACUUUUUAAUUGCCUCUGUAAUUGUUACUGUAAGUCUAGCUUUCUUCAUUUUUGGACAUCACAAGCCUGAAACUAUACAGAAUAUUGUAUCAAGCACAAAUGAGCAGAUACAGAAUUUUAAAGAUAAUUUGAGAGAUGCUGAAUCAAAAACAUUGGUUACUGACCAGAAACUUCUAGACGUUUUAGGAUUUUCUGAAGAAGAUCCGAGAUUGUACCCUAAAGAUGUUUGGAAGAACACUUCUAUGCCUGUAAUAGUGACAUAUGUACUAGAAGGACAAGAGAGUCAAGCUGUUGGCCUUGUAUCCAAUGUACCAAGGGUUCUUCAUAAUAACACUAUUUUAGUGUAUAAUUUGGGACUUAGUGAUGGUGGGUUAAAGACGUUACAGAACUAUUGUAACAGUUCCCGAUGUCAAGUAAUCACUGUAGAUCUUUAUGACUUCCCUUCUCAUGUGCAGGAUGAAGUUUUACAUGCUUACAGGCCAAUAGUAAUACAGGAUGCUUUAAGUAGAACUGGAGCAAUCCUGUUCAUGGAAUGCAGCUACAGAAUUUUGCCCAAUGUUACGCAUAAAAUGAUCAUGGAUCUGUUUGAAAAUCGAGCUCUUCCACAGGGAUUCUUAACAUUUCCCCUUAAAACGAAAAACCCAGUGACAAGCUUAACUCACAAGAAGAUGUUUGAAUAUUUUCGAACGGACGCUGAAAACUUUCAGUUUUUGCAAAUGGUUAGUGCCGACGUGCUUUUUAUUAUAAAUAUUAAAGAAAUCCAUCAAGAAAUAAUGCUUCCUUGGGUCCAAUGUGCUUUGACGCAGGAUUGCAUAUUUCCUAUCGGAGCACAAUCGGCUGGGUGCAAGUUUGACAAGAAACCCUCUUAUAGAUAUUCUGGGUGCCAUUACUAUGAUGCCUCAGCUUUAAAUAUAGUACUUGGAUUAAAAUACAGGUUCAUAAGCAACAAGUACUCCUUUCGAAAACCAGUAAGAUACUUUACGGAGGUGCCUCUGCACAAAGCCAAUUUCAUUUUAAAGAUGUUGGAUCAGAACACCACUACCGACGGCCAUCUGCAACUCGUAACUUAAGCUUACUUUUAUAGAUUCUUACCAAAAAACGUGUGAUAUUUAGAAUAAGUUUCCAAAAUUCUUUUUUUAAUCUGAUUUUGCUUGACCGUAUUAUAAACAGAAGCCUAUGAGUCGCUUCUAAUUCAAGUAAUAAUUUACAAUGAGGUGCUUUACCUUUCUGAGGUGUAAUAUUUAUUUUGAAAACAACCACUCUAUAGAUGUAUUUAUAAUUUCUGUAAAAUAGAUUGUAUUGUGUGUAUAUAUAUGUAUUUAAACAAGAAA